UUCACGUCAAGACGACACAUCGCCCGAACUUGAAGAUCUUAACCAGUCUUUUAUGGAUGUCAGCCAAAAUGAAGAUACAAUUGCAUUUGAAAACUAUGAGCUUUUCAUAGAACAAGAUACAAAAGACGAUAUAGUAGAAGGUUUGCCGAUUGUGGUCGAUGUACCAGCAGAGCCUACUCCUGUUGUUCAAGUCACUCCUGUACCUGACAUUGGGGAUGGUAUGACCAUAAUGUAUGAUGGGCAGGGUCCUAAUCGUCCAGGAACUGUUUCGAUCAAGUUCCAAAUCGAAGAAUCACUCCUACCUAUGAUAUCCACCUGGGUUAAUCAAAGUCGCACAAACGUAGUUGACCGCUCGUCAAGCUUAUGCGUUUCUCUGGCCUGCUAUCUCCUAUCUGAUCUCGAAGACGCAUACGUUCGGGCAAUAGAAAAACCCACAACCACCGAGCAGCUGUUAUCGAUGACAAAGUCUCUCUGGCCAGAUUCGGGUACCUUGUCUCUACGGUUUCAUCAUAAGGACGUUGAUAUGCACUUGCCCCUAUCUCCACCAAUAGUUGUCACCCCCGACCAAUAUUUCGAUCUCUCACAGUUCAUCAAAGGAGGCCAGAACGAGUUUAAGCUCUUACAGCGAUGCGAUAUGUCCAAUUGCGUAUACUUUGUUCAGGUACAUCACCCAACCCAGCUACAGCUCGGUGUUCUGGCGUCGCGACGUCAGCUAGACGAGUCUUGGAACCAGUUUCUCGCCACAAUGAAGCGCCCUUUGGAACACCAAGCUCCAUGGAACGAAAUAAUAAAACCAAGCUCAUGAUAGUAAUAAAUUUAAUUGAAAGCUGAAGUCACAGCCUUCUACAUACCAGCGAUUUCUUCACUUAAAAUUAUGAGUUCGCGAACCAAAUUACAUUACCCUGUAUAGUUUUGAAUCCUGUAGACACAGUUGUACUUGUUGGCACAUCAU